AUGGGAGUUCUAGGUCUUACCCCAUUUUUGCAGAAAACCUGCCCGGAAGUUAUCAGAAAACUUCCAGACCGCCUCCGAUCUCUCUGCGGUAAGACCAUUGUCAUUGAUGGCACCCUUAUAACCCAGCGCCUUCACUUCGCACCCAUGCCUCAUCCGCAUAGACACAUCCUCGGGUGGCAUCGCAUAAUCACGGAACUCAAAGAGUGUAAUGUGCAUGCAAUUUGCGUAUUUGAUGGUAGAGACCGCAGCAUUGCCAAAGCUCGAGAGGUAGAACGACGCAGGGAGAUACGGAGACUGGAUGCAGCUCGUUCAUCUAUUGAGGUGGAGAGACUGAGCAGACUUCAGAAGUUGAUGCGAUUACUACCGCAAUAUCAUUCCAUGGAACCACCAGACCGUAGGCGUAUCACCAACGCGUUACAACACCUAGCAGUGGCUCCAAGGACCAUCCCUACGUACUUCCAGCCUUCUUUUUCACCAUCGGAUAUCCUUCAGAAUGAUUCGGAGGAAGAUACCCUUUCGGCAAUCUACGAUUCUGUUAACAUGUCAGAUGAAGACAUGAAAGAGAUUCUUCUCGCUCGUAUAGACGUGAUUUUUGCCACUGUCGUGGAUUCCGUACCUCCAACAGAGGAUGUGAUUUCUGCGCUCUCCUCCCUAUAUCAAGAAUAUCGCGACUGCGUCGCACAGAUCACCUUACUACCCUCUACCGUAGAGGUUCCAGAGUCGCCAGAUGAGACUCGUGCCGAGUACAUCAUGUCCAAGUCCCAACUUCAAAUGACAAUAGAGGAGGGUCAAAUAUGGGAUACACUUGCAGACGCUCCUGAAACUGCCCUUGCAACGCUGGCUGAAAAGAGUGGUGUUCUUUCCGAGUCUUACGCUCGCCGGUCGAGUCCUCCUACCACCCAGACUUACGAGGAGAGCAAGGAGAUACUGCGCGCCAUGGGGUCCUUUGAAGCAGAGGCUCUCGCAUCCUCACUCGUUAUCCAUGGAAUAGCUGAUUAUGUUGCAAGCGAAGAUACGGACGUCCUCGUCUACGAGGCUCCCCUCAUUCGGAAUAUCGCCAAUAGAAAUGAUCCACUGAUCCUUGUUCAUGGGUCCCACGUUCGUACUGCUCUCCAGCUCUCCAAAUCCGCAUAUAUCGACUUCCUCUUGCUCCUCGGCACGGACUUCUCCCAACGGAUCAAGAACGUUGGUCCUCAGCGUGCACUCAAAUUUAUCCGCGAACAUGGCAGCAUUGAGCGUGUAAUCACACAAGAACACAAGUACCCGCCGCGGCUCUCCAAACAGUUGUACCUAGAACAAGUAGGCAUCGCUCGGCUUGCAUUCGCAACGCUGCCCCCUAUUCCGGACCCUGAAACACUGAAGCAACACGAUGUAAACCACGCGAAGGUUGCAGCCAUUGUACAAAAGUAUAGAUUACAGAGUGUACUGCCCCAUCAGUGGAAUUACGGUACUGCGUUGGAGGGCAAUUAUUUUGCUGACAAUCCCAGGGCAAGGUAG